AUGUUUCAACUCAAUCUGAAGCAGAAUCGCUGGGCAUACUUCUUUUGCUCUGUCUCUGCCAUCGGGGCAUUAGUCUACGGCUACGACAACACCUACUACAAUGGCUGCCUCGCCAUGGAUCGCUUCAAGAACGACUACGGGGAUCACUUCGACUCGAAUGGGCGCAAAGCAUUAAACGUCUCGUUCACAUCCGUCACGGCAUCUUCAAUCUAUAUCGGAGACAUCAUUGGUGCCCUUGUCUCCGCCCCGGUCAACGACAAGUUCGGCCGGAAAACAACUUUUUGGUGCGCCGCAUUCUGCAUCCUGGCCGGUGGCAUCGUCCAGGUUGCCGACACCAGUUACGAGGCCGUCUUGGCUGUCGGCCGUGUACUGAUUGGUGUUGGCAUGGGCCAGUGUACGGUCACAUCUUUACUGUACAUUGGUGAAGUCGCUCCUGUGCACAUCCGAGGCCCUGCUCUCAUGAUGUUCCAGUUCCUCCAGUCAAUCUCGCAACUGAUUGCAGCCGGCAUCACCCAGGGAACCGAAGGUCUCACCAGUAAGGCAUCUUAUAAGGUCCCGAUGGGUGGGCUGGUCGUCCUUCCUAUCAUGCUGAUGCUCGGUUUGCCCUUCAUCCCGGAAAGCCCCGUCUGGUAUGUUAGCAAAGGAAGAAACGAGGAGGCAAAGAGGGCUUUCGAAAGAAUCCACAAGGGAGAUGAUACCUAUGAACCGUCACAAGAUUUGGCAACCCUCACGGAAGCACGCGAUCGCGAGCUAGAAAGUUUGGCCGGUUCCUCCUGGAAAUCUUUGUUGCUUGACCCUGUGGAGAGGAAGAAAGUCAUCUUCUCGGCUGGGGCUCUGUACUCGCAACAAAUCUGCGGUAUCCUCUUCUUCUACGUGUACGGGAUUGUCUUUGCCCAAGCCAUCGGCAUCUCUCAGCCCUUUAUCAUACAGCUCAUCACCAACAUCCUCCAGAUCUUCGCCGUUGGCGCCGCUGUCCUGACCGGCAACAAAGUUCAAAGGCGACACAAUCUCCUUGUAACCACAGGGAUGAUGUUCCUGGCCUUCGUCGUCAUCGGUGGAAUCGGGACCCAGAGGACAUUGACCACGGCGUCCCAGUACGUCAUUGUGGUUUUCUCCUACGUUAUCAUAAUUGCCUUCAACUAUGGACUAGGACCACUUGCGUACACCGUGGCCCGCGAAAUGGCAGUGGGGCCGAACCAGAACAAGAUCAUGUCGUUUUCUAUUGUAUUCUUCUAUUUCACCACAUGGGCGGUAUCCUUCACCGCGCCGUACAUGUACUACUCGGCCGGUUGGGGGCCUAUGCUGGGUUUCUUCUACGCAGGCACGACCCUGACCUCGCUAGCCUGGGUUUGGUUUUGCGUUGGCGAGACCACAGAGCGAUCCACGCUCGAAAUCUCCCUUUUUUUCGGGCAAGGAAUUCCGGUGCGGCAGUGGAAAACUCAUGUCUUUUCCCCUUCCGAGAUCCCUUCUGAGUCUCAGGAAGCUUCCCUGACGGGUGCGAAGGAAGGAUCUUUCCAAGGAGAUGGGCUGUGUGCGACAGUUGAGCAUGUUUAG